AUGGAAAGUACUGAGAGCAAAUAAACUCAUUUUGAUACAUCUAAUGUUAAACUUCAAAACCACUGGUUCAAGCAGUUUAAAAACUUUAACCAAGAUUAAGCAAUUGAGAUAUGUGAGAAAUAGUAUGCUUGGCAUGAUAAAAUGACUGAAUAAUCAAAUAUUCCUAAGAAGAUACAUUUUAUUUGGAUUGGCAAAAAUGAUCUCCCUCAAAAUUUUAGAGAUUUUUAUCAGAAUUAAUGGAAAUAAACACACUCUGACUAUGAAUUCAAAAUUUGGACAGAUGAAGAUAUUAAGGAUAUGAUAUUUACUAAUGAUUAGAUUAUUAAAGAUCCAGAGUUUAACUCAGGACUUAGAGCCGAUGCUCUGAGGCUGGAGAUUUUGUAAACAUAUGGAGGUAUUUACAUAGAUAUAGAUAUGGCUGUUGUUAAGAAACUAGAUGAGUUACUUUUUAAAGAUAUAGAUUUUAUCAUUGGUGUUUCUAAUACAUAAGCUUUUGAAUUAAACAAUGCAAUUAUUGCUUCAAUACCAAAUCACCCAAUUCUUCAAUACCUGAUAGAUAACUUAAAAAUAAACAUGUAAAAGCAUAUCUAAGAUGCUAAUAAGAAAAUUCAACUAAUGUCAUUGAUGUCAUAGAUGACAGGUGAUGAUAUUAAAGUUGACAUCAAUCCAAAAUAAGUUAAUGUGAUAUAAAUGAGUGGACCAGGAUUUAUGACUUAAUAUGUGUUUAGAUAUCUGAAUUCAAACAAAGAAACAAAUGUACUUAUCGCUCCCAAAGAAUAUUUCUAUCCACUUUCAAAUGAGUUACGUGGAGAGAUUAAUCCUUAAAAUUAUAUAGAGUAUAUAGAUUAGCAAUAAUACAAUGAUAGUAUUAGCGAUAAUAUAUAUACUUGUCAUAUGUGGGAAGUAAAUUGGUAAAAUAAACAAUGA